AUGGCAGUUGUAGGAAUUAACGGUUUUGGCAGAAUAGGAAGAAUGUGUCUUCGAGUUUGCCUCGAAAAACGGAUUGAAGUGAAACUAAUCAACGAUCCAUUCCUUUCGACUGAAUAUAUGAUAUAUCUUUUUAAAUACGACUCUACUCAUGGGCCAUUUCCUUUGCAUGUGGCAUGUGACAGGGAAUUUAUAAUUAUUGGUAAUGAGACAAGAAUUGCUACGUCGCAAGAAAAACAACCAGGGAAAAUACGAUGGAAGGAUAUGGGAGUGAAUUAUGUUAUAGAAGCUAGCGGAGCAUUCACAACUUUGGAGAAAGCAAGCCUUCACAUUGAUGGCGGUGCGAAAAGAAUCAUUAUCACGGCACCGUCGGUCGAUGCGCCGAUGCUUGUUUUUGGAGUUAAUCAUACAUGUUAUAGCCCCAAAAAAGACAGAGUGGUGUCUGCUACAUCUUGCACCACAAACUGUGCAGCUCCAAUCGUUAAAAUCAUGCAUGAUAAUUUCGAGGUUCUCGAGGCUAUGAUAACAAGCAUACACGCGAUGACAGCAACUCAAAAUACCGUGGAUGGUCCGAUAGAAAAGCUUCGGCCUACCACAUUAUGGAGAGACGGUAGAGGCGCUCUCCAAAAUAUCAUCCCAACCGCAACCGGUGCAGCCAAAUCAUUUGCGAAAAUUAUCCCCGAACUCAAGGGCAAGAUUUCAGCUAUAGCGUUUAGAGUACCAAUUCCCAACGUUUCAUUAUGCGAUAUGACAUUCAAGGUCAAUAAACCAACGACGUAUGAAGAAGUGAAAAAAACGAUGAAAGAAGCAUCCGAAGGGAAACUGAAAAAUGUGCUAGGAUACACAGAGGAAGAUUGUGUGUCGUCAGAUUUCAAUCAUACUACAUAUUCCUGUGUGUUCGACGCCCAAGCGGGCAUUCCGCAGACUAGCACUUUCAUCAAGAUCGUCGCUUGGUACGACAACGAAUACGGUUACGCGAAUCGUAUAGCCGAUUUAAUUCAAUACAUGUAUAACGCCGAUUUCGGAAAUGUUCCUGUAAUCGGACAAACUAUUGAUGAAAGUGAUGACUAACGACUAUAAAAAAUUCGGAAACU